ACUCACACACCGGAGAGAGGGAGAGAGGAGCAAACAUGGCUGAAGAAGAGGGAAGCGAGGUAACUUCUGGUGGCAUUUUUCAGGAGAUCUUCACCUCCCCGCUGAACCUAACCCUGCUCAGCCUCUGCCUGUUCCUCCUGUACAAAAUCUUCCGCGGGGACAAACCGCCGGAACUCGAAGAGUUGGAAAAACCGCUGCCUAAACUGAAAAAGAGAGAUUUUACUCUGGCAGAGUUGAAACCCUACGAUGGACUGCAGAAUCCGAGGAUCCUCAUGGCUGUCAACGGAAAAGUGUUCGACGUGACCAGGGGGAAGAAGUUUUACGGGCCAGAGGGGCCGUAUGGAGUGUUUGCAGGCAGAGAUGCAUCCAGAGGUCUGGCUACGUUCUGUCUGGAGAAAGAGGCCCUGAAAGACGAACACGACGACCUGUCCGACCUAAACGCCAUGCAGCAGGAGAGUCUCUCUGAGUGGGAGACUCAGUUCACCUUUAAGUAUGACUACGUCGGCAAGCUUCUGAAACCAGGAGAGGAGCCCACAGAGUACACAGACGACGAGGAAGGAAAAGACAAAAAGGCGGACUAGACAAUGAAAAGUGACCAAGAGGGAAAAAUGACAGAUGCCUUAAUGUUUGUUUGUAAUUUGAUGCUGGUUGCCUCCUGUUAGGGCCAUUCACAGAAAACUCCUCCAUCUUCUGUUUGCAUUCUAGUAUUUUUGGAUCAUCACAGUCCUGGAAUAUAUAUGCCGACUGAACUCCAUUAAUUUCCAUUUAUGUUAUGUGAAGGUUAGAUGGCAUUAACAGCUAAAUAUACUGAUUUCUGAUGUAGAGUAGUGCAGCGUUGUUAGAGUUUAGAUCACUUUUUAUGAAGUUAAACAUGGAUCCUUACAUUGUUGUGGAGAAUCAGAACUCAAGAAAAUGAAGGACUGGUUCCAACAUUUUUAUGAAGCUGCUGAUGGUUAAAUGUCCUGCAGGUUUUAAGAAGGAGAUCAGCUUUGUUCAGCCCACCUCAAUUACAGCUCGUCAAAUCAGUUUGGUGAUCCGUGAUCCACAGGUCUGAUGUACACUUUGUUAAUAUUGCUGGUUGUACACAUUCCUUUCAUUCAAGGUUCAGCUCUCUUUGUUUUGAAAUUAAUUAUCUCAGGAAGUUUCAUUCAAAGUUAAGAAAAAUACAACUUAAAGGAAAAUAUUGGUAUUUUUCAACUUGAGCCUUUUUCUCAUAGUUGUCUCUAUUUUGACUAUUGUGCUUUGCUAAAUUUGCACUUUCCACCGUCUGUUGAUAGAAAUCAUCUUCAAACAAUGUCUUUGAGUCCAACUAAAAGAUACUUUGGUUAGCUUACAAGAUUUGUUUGUUUACUUUUGCUUGGAUUCUGAGACAAAUGUUUGAAAUGAUGUAUGUAAAAUCAAAGUUUAUUUUGAAAGCUCUGGGAGGUUCACAUUGUUUGCCCUGGUAUACAACGUUUUGCUUGAAUUGUGUCUCCUGAAUCUCUACAACGGGGGUGGCGAGUGCAGAAUUAGCACAACCCAUAGUAAUAAACACCCAGGUUGAAAAAAAAAAAAAACAACAACAUAAUUUUCCUUUAACAAGAGAGCCAAUGCAGCUAAUUGGACCAAACACUAAUGAGCUGAGGUAAAUAUUUUUAGACAUUGAAGAUGUCAUCACAUAAACAAUGCAAACCAUAUCUCUUUUAAAGCACUUUUUCUCAAUAAACUGCACCUAAUUGUAACCAAGCUGCCAGUUGUAUCCUUUCUGGCUUAAAGCCUAAAUCACCAUUAUAUAAGAGACGAUAUUUCUCAGCUCUUCACAAUUAAAGAGGAUGAUGACAUUCAGAUGUUUGGAACAUUCCAACACAUCACAUGGAUCUGCUGAUCUGAACAGUCCUGUACAUUUAAACUAGAUUUAAAAUGUCUGACUUUCAGUGCUCAUUUCUAUUGACACCCCUUAAGUAACUGAAACCAAUUUUCAUAAUUGAUUAACCAUUUCGGUCGUUUAUCAAGUAAAGAUAUUGAUCAUUCUCUGUUUUUUUGAGUUUUGAGUUUCUCAAAUAUAAGAAUUAGCUGCUUUUCUAAAUUGUAAGUUGAAUCUCCUUUUGAUUUGGACAGUAGGUCGGACAAAAGUAAUGUGCAAUGAUUUUUUUCAAAAAUAAAUGAGUAAAAACAACUAAAUAGGCAGCCCUCAUUCACAUGCAGUAAUGUUUUUAAUGUUAACGGUUGUAGUUCAUUACAUGGUGCCAAGGAAAAGUGUCAGAAAGUUCAAAGUACAGAGAAAUGACAUAAGUUAGGUGAAAGCGUCUGAUGACAACUAGGUAAGAGAUAAAUAUGUUGAUUGCUAAUUAAAUCAUUUUUCAGCAAUAUUUCACAGUCCAAGUUGGAGUGACAGGCUUUUCUACUAUUGUCUCAGUGUAUUCCUGCAGAGGCUUUGUUUGCAAGGAAAUAUUGUGAAUUUUUAAUUCUGAAGUUAUGUGGAAUAAGUUAGUUUUUCUGACCGUAGAAAAAUGUGCUGUGUUAAAUAAUCUGUUAACAACAUUUUUCUUUGCCACCAUCAUCCUGUAAAAGCUGGAGAGAUUGGCCACUUUCCAUAAAAACAGAUUCAAUGAGGGAACAUUUUCAGUAUGCAUGUACAUACAUAAAUUAAUGUCAUGGUACUGUCAUACCGUUAUUAUCCUGAAUGAUAUUUUGAUUUAAUAAAGAAAAUUACAAAAUGAA